CUCCUAACUUCAUUCGCAGAAAGUGUCCAGACGUAGAUAGGACAGGGGAAAGGAAGCCGAUCCCUAACAAAUCUCGUGGGGUGGAUGCUUGCGUCUUCGACUUAACUAGCGUAAUUUUCAAAUGAUAUCAAAGCAAAAAGUUUCACUUUCUAGAGGCGGAUGGGUGACUACCAUUCUCGGCGACUUCAUGUGAGGAGGAGAUGAUGAAGAAUUACAGCAACAGUCCCCGCCACAAAAAUCAGACCUUAAAUCACACAAGAGAGCGAAACAACAAAAACAGCAACUGGCUAUCCGCGACUUUUUUAAGAUUUUCACUGCGUGAUUAUGGUUUCUGCAUGGCUACCUUGUUCCUGUUCUGUUUUGGUUCACUGUUCUACCAGUUGAACGGAGGACCCCCUAAAAUUCUCCUGGAGAUCCGACAAUACCUUGGAGAUUCCACUUUCGUCGAUGACCACGGACCCCCGGCUCCCAGAGUCCUGCCCUUCCCGAGUCAGGUGGUGUAUAACCGGGUGGGGAAGUGUGGCAGCCGCACCGUGGUUCUGCUGCUGAGAAUCCUGGCGGAGAGGCACCAGUUCAACCUGGUCUCCUCCGACAUACACAACAAGACCAGGCUCACCAAACAUGAGCAGGUGGACCUAAUGAGGAAUAUAAGUAACAUACCCCAGCCGUUCCUUUACACAAGGCAUGUGCACUUUCUCAACUUUACAAGGUUUAGAAUAGAGCAGCCCGUGUACAUCAACAUCAUAAGAGAUCCGAUAAACCGCUUUCUGUCCAACUACUUCUUCCGUCGCUUUGGGGACUGGAGAGGAGAGCAGAACCACCUGAUCCGAACUCCUGGAAUGAAGGAUGAUGAACGAUAUCUAGACAUCAACGUGUGCAUCCUGGAGAAUUACCCAGAGUGCUCAAACCCCCGCCUCUUUUACAUCAUUCCCUAUUUCUGUGGACAGCACCCCCAGUGCAGGGAGCCUGGCAUCUGGGCGUUGGAGCGCGCCAAGCAGAACGUUAUGGAGAACUUCCUCCUGGUGGGCAUCCUGGAGGAGCUGGAGGACGUUCUCCUCCUCCUGGAGCGUCUCUUACCUCACUUCUUCACUGACGUCCUCAGUAUCUACAAGAGCCCAGAGUACAGGAAGAUGGGCAACUUGACAGGAACGGUGCGCAAGCACACGCCCACCCUGGAGGCCCUUCAGGUGCUUUACCAGCGUAUGAGGUACGAGUACGAAUUUUACAACUUCAUCAGGGACCAGUUCCACCUCAUGAAGAAGAAGAUCGGCCUCAAGUCAGUCUCCCCGCCCACGAACCAGCCCAGCUUCCUGAUGAACUUGGCCCUGAAGACUCAGGAGCCCCUGGAAGAGGAGGAGGAGCAGGAGCUGGAGGAGGAGCUGGAGGACGCCAACAGCUGGUUGGUGCAGCCCUGAGCGUCAGCCGGGAGGAGGAGGCGCGGCCAGCGUUUCGGGAGGGAGGGGGAAGGGGCGCAGCCCUGUUUCAGCAUUCCCAGGAGCUGGGGGUGUGGAUGACGACAAUAUCCGUGUUUUUACGGGUACCCAUUCUAGCCAGUGGGACACAAGCAUUUUGCUAAGGUGUGCAGGAUUUCAGAGUCUUCAAAAAUGGACUUUAUUGUCUUUCAACGAUCAGUCUCAAGCAGUUUGUUUUUUUUUUUGCUCAGUUCAGGAGACUGUUCUGUGUGAAUUUCUCCAGGUGUGGUGUGUGAGAUGAAUAUGGACUUCUCAGAAAGAUGUGCUGUCAGGAGAAAGCUGUGUGUAAGUGGAUGCAAAGUAAGGCAAUGCCAGCCGGAGGUGGAGGACAAGUGCUUCAAAAGUUGCCAGGGAAACGCCAGUCAGGGAGGUUCCAAGGCUGCCACAAGGGCUGAUGGGAAGGCAGUGUACAGUAUGAAAUACAUGUGAGCCCUCACUCACACGGAUGCACUGUGAGAACUUCCCUAUUCAGCGAAGCUCAGUGCAAUCAUGUGUCCGCUACAGAGAGUGAUUGUCACCCCCUUCAGUAAGGAUAAGAGCAUAGUAACUCAUGCAUUGCAAGGAUAAGGAUGUUGAUGUUGAUGAUUUACAGUUAGUUAAUUGUGUCUUUGUCAAGACUUGUGCUGUGUCUCUCCUCUUUUCUGACCAAGUCAGAUACAUGUGGAUUCUGCUGGAGUUGAGACGCCCUACUCUGCAGCAUGAGUGGGCAUGUAAAUGCCCACUGCAGAGUGUGACGCCGCUCCCUAGAGCCAGAACAGGAGAUUGAUUAGGUGAUUAGGUCCCUGGCCUUAGUUACCCGGGCCUUGCUUUUUUUUACUCAGCGAGUGAAUCAUUUCUCUUUGCGUGCUGUCCCCUCUGUGAAAAAAGAGAGGUGCUCAUGUGGUGGCCGUUGGAACUCCUCUGAACGCAGUCGUGCCAAACCGUGACGCUGUGCCAGACCUGUCCAGGAAUUCUCUCAAUGCAGGCUAGCGCACUGCUUGGGGAUGGUGACGUGGUGACAGGUGCUUUCAAAUGCAAAUGCACAACUUUUCAAAACCAAAACAAAGAAUGGUGAUAUUCUGACCGUGCGUGUGAAUCCACGUCUGAAACAGUUGUGGUGGCGCUGAGGUGCAAAUAGGGGAGGCAGAGAGCUGGCCUUCAAACUGAUUACAGUCCUGAUAAUAAUCCUUCAUUAAUAUGAUUAUCAGUGUUAUCAAGAGCACCCAUCAGCAGCUGAUUCCCUUUGACCUGAUUGUCUCUAAAGUAGUAACCCAACCUUCAUGCGCUUCCUGUUACAUCAUUAAAGGUCAAUGUAGCAUCAUUUUGAGUAUAACAACAAUCUCUAUUUAACUAAACCAAUUAUUUUAUUUUUUGUCAUUGUAACUAAUGAUUAUGUGAAGUGCACAAAGAGUUUUUUUAAUGUUUGUUCAUCCUGCAAAAAAUGGUUCAGGAUCACUUUCAAAUGGUCUCUCCUUCUCCUGUUUGUAGCUCACAGACGGCCACUGAGAUACAUAUACCUGUAACAUACCGGUACACAUGUGUAUAUACGCUUGUGUAUAUACAGGUAAUGUGCCAAUACAUAUACAUCCUAAUCAUUGUUCAGAGUUGUGUCUGUUCAGCUCACAAUGCCUCGUUAUUUGCAAUUUUUUAUUUCAGUGCUGUUGUGUGCAUCGAUUAAAAGGAUGACAAAAUGUUGGUGGUUGAACAGAAUUGCCAAAGCACUGGAGACAUCAAGGCGAAUCCAUCAAACUUCACAAAAAAAUUAACAGUAUUUGAAAGUGAAUUUGUGAUUUGAGUGCUAUUGUAGAGAAAUGUUGACUUAAACACAAUGAUUAUUCAGUAGAAUCAGACACCAAGUACAC